AUGGAUUUCAUUCAAAGACUGCUGUCAGAUGCCGAUUUUCCACUCGGAUUCCGGUUUCAUCCGACCGAUGUUGAGUUAUUGCUGUAUUAUCUACUUCCCAAGUUGAAGGGUGAAGAUCUUUCUUCGUCGGAGUUCAUCAUGGAUUUUCUUGGCGUCUAUCAACAUGAUCCCGACCGACUUCCUUUAGAUCAAUUCAAGCAUGGAAGAGAGAAAGAAGCAUACUUUUUCACACUGGAGGAGAUAAAGAACUCAGUAGGAGAGGGUCCGGUUCGGACCACGCCAACCGGCUACUGGAAAGCUUACAGAGAGGACGUUCCCAUUCAUCAUAACCAAGAAAUCAUAGGGUUCAAGAAUAAGCUUUUGUUCUACCGUGAAAAUGUUCCCAAUGGAACCCAAACUGACUGGAAGAUGACCGAGUACUUCUGCAGUCCCAGUUGGAUUGCUACUACUAGCACUUCUACUGUGGGGCGUUAUGUGGUGUGCAAAGUUAGGCAGAAGAUGAGGGCGGAGGAGGAUGAACCUUUGUUAGAAGAGGAAAAUGGCUUCAUUGAAGGCAGUAAAUAG